AUGCCUCGCGAAGAAUAUCAAGUUCCUACCGCCUCCGCCGGCGCCGUCGCCUCCCGCGGCGCCACCCACGACGUCGGUCGCCACGAGCAGCGCUCCAUCAUGACCUACCUCUGCGGCGACUGCGGCGGCCACGUCUCUCUAGGCAAGGACGCUGUCGUCGCGUGCCCGCACUGCGCGGGGCGCGUGCUGUACAAGGAGCGCACCAAGCGUAUGGUCCAGUUUGAGGCGCGAUAG